GCCCUUCUCUUCCCUGCAUAAGCUUCUUGUCUCUUGGUGGCAACUGCUACAGGGAGACACAGGAAUUUGUCCUUAGACAUGGGAAACUUGAAAGAAAAACUAGAGGAGGAGAAGAAGAAGAAGAAGAAGAGUGAGAAGGCUAAGAAGACUAAUGCCGAGCUCUUCCAAAAGAAAGUAAUGCUAAAGAAAGAAGAAAAACAGAAUGAAAAUAUCAAAACCACAGGGAAGAAGAAGAGGAGAAGAGAGAAGGAAAACAAUGUUAAUGCUGGCAUAGCUGUUCACGUGAAUUAAGACAAAGUAGAAGGAGAAAAGAACAAGAACAAACCAAGGAAAAAGAAAAGAAAAGGUGAGGAGAAAAAUAAUGCUCUGGUUGGAAAAUCUGUUCAGCAAGAUGGCUAUGAAGAACAAAAUGCGCCUAUUUAAAAUUCAAGGAGAUAUUAACGAUUUCAAAGGGCAGAGUGACACUGUUAUUGUAGAAGAGACCAGAACUCGUAAAUCCAAGAAACCUAACAGAAAGAAAAAGGAGCAUCACACGUUAAAGAAGGGUGAGACCAUACCGGAAAAGAUAGAAGAGGCUGUUGAGGAUGGGGCUUAUUACAUUUCUUCAGGGGAGGACUGCUCAAAAGGAAUGAGAAGUAUGAAUCUUAAAAUUGAAUGGCUUACAGAAUACCGUCAAAGUAGACCAGGUUUGAAGGUCUUGCAACAAUGGAUAGAUCAGUUUAUAACUGCUCAUGAGGAAAAACUUGAACAGGAAAGAAAUGAAAGAGAAGCCCGUGUUGCAGAAGAUGGUUGGACAGUUGUGGUGCACCAUAAAGGCAGGAAGAAGACAACAGAUUCUCAAAGUGGAAUUACUGUUGGUUCUGUGGCCCCAGCUGUUGCAGAGAGCCAAUUGACUAAGAAGAAACACAAAGAAAUUGGACCAGACUUCUAUCGGGUUCAGAAAAGAGAAGCUCAGAGGAAUGAAAUUCUGGCAAUCCAAAGCAAAUUUGAGCAGGAUAGAAAACGGAUUCAGCAAUUGAGAGCUGCUGGAAAGUUUCAACCUUACUGAAUGCUGCAGAAGCCGCAGAAAGAAUGAUUCAGAACUGAAGCUUCCAUGGAAAGUCUUUGCCCAUUAUCGAAUCAGCAUCCAACAAAAUUGGCAGCCAUUCCAAGCUAAAAUUUGCCCAUUUAUACAAGCAUUGUUGCUUCCCUGACAUGAAUACUGCAGUAGGUGAGAGGUUGGUUUAGGAAGCUGGUCCAAGCCCAUGGAAUAAAAUGAAAAGUAUCUUGUGAGCUCUGAAGAGAGUCAACAUAUGCAAUUUUACCCUUAUUUCAUAGAGUGGCCGUUUCGUCCCAUGCCCAUGGAAUAUAAUUGUAAAAGUCAAUGCAAGAAAAUUUUCAAUGCAGAAUUAAACGAUUCCAAGUUGUACCAGAAGCCAUAUAAUCUGCUGAAAAUUCAUAA